AUGUCGUCAACCCACCAAGCGGCCAUAAUUCCGCAACAGGGCGGCCCUCUAUCCAUAGUCCAGCGACCAACACCGACGCCAGGCCCCAAAGAACUCUUAAUUGAAGUCCACGCCGUGGCCGUAAACCCAGUCGAUGUGUACCAACGAGACAUGGGAAUCUUCAUCUCCGAAUACCCCGCCGUCGUCGGCUCCGACGUCAGCGGCAUCGUGGUCAAGUCAGGUAGCUCCGUGGAUACUGUCAUUCCCGAGGGUACAAGAGUGACUGCAUUCGCCAGUGCAUUUUACCAGAAGGGAGCGCCGAACUACGGAGCACUCCAAAGAUACGUGCUUGUUUCGGAGGAGAUGGUUACCGUGCUUCCGGACUCGUUUUCGUUUACGGAGGGGAGUGUCUUUCCCAUGGCUGCGCUGACGACGUGGAAUGGGUGGCUGUGGGCCGGUGUUCCACGCGAGCCGUCUUCCAAGGGAACCGAGGGUGUUCUCGUCUGGGGCGGGUCGAGUAGUAUGGGCGCGUUUGCGGUGCAAGCGGCGAAGCUGUCCGGGUAUACGGUUUAUGCGACAGCUAGUCCGCAGCAUCAUGAGUACCUGAAGGGACUCGGGGCAUCGCGGGUCUUUGAUUACAAGUCUGAGGAUGUGUUGAAGAAAAUUGUGAAUGCAUCGCGGGAAGAUGGAUUGACGUUCAAGAUGGGAUAUCAUGCUACUGGGUCGCAGCAGUUGUCUGUGGAUGUUCUGGAUGCGUUGCGAGGGGAGGAGAAGGUUAAGUUGGCGAUUGCGCCUAGGGUGGAUAUCGACGUGAAGGUUCCGAAGGGGGUUGAGACUGCUUUUGUUUCGGCGCCUGAGGAUCCGGAGGAGAGACAGGAGAGGCUCGUUUGGAUUUUUAAGACUUGGUUGCAGGAGAAGCUUGCGGCUGGGCAGUUGGUUCCUAGUCCGAGGAUCCAAGUGGUUGAAGGGGGGUUGGAAUCUGCUAAUAAGGCUUUGGAUGAGUUGAAGACAGGUGUGAGUGGUGUCAAGCUUGUUUUGGAGCUUUAG